AUGUCUGUUUUGCCUCCAGACAAACGACCUAUUGUGUAUGACUCUUCUCAUCCACAGAGGAACCUCAGUCUCCAGACAUCCAAAACGUCCAAGCGCGUCCAUCAAAUCGACCGAAUCCGCGCGAAUGGAGUUAGCGACCACAUCGCCCUACCACAGUUGGUAGUUUAUGGGGACCAUUCCGCCGGGAAAAGCUCGGUUCUUGAAGGCAUUAGCGGCAUACCAUUUCCUCGACAGGAUGGCCUUUGCACUCGAUUUGCAACAGAGAUCAUCCUCCGCCACGAACCCACGCGCACUGUUAAAUUGCAACUAGUUUUCAUUUCAAACACGAUGAAAAUAUUGAAGACCAGUGUGAUAUUUGGAGGCAUAGCGUAUCUUUGA